AUGCUAAAAUCCAGAUCAAGUGUCCCUAUUCUUAAAAGGGCAAUAAAGUCUUACAGAACAUUUUACAAUUCUUCCAUCAAUUUGAAUGCUGUUGUCGUUUCCGGAACAAAGUUGGCCAAAUCCAUAAGAACAGACAUUGCUGAAAAGGUGAUCUCAUACAAUUUACAACAGUAUCAACAUGACGUCCAAGAUACCACUUUUGAAAAAUUAAGAUUCAAACCAAAUUUGGUAAUUAUUCAAGUUGGUUCAAGAGCAGAUUCAUCAGCAUAUGUUCGUUCCAAAUUAAAGGCUGCCAAAUCUUCCAAUAUUAAUUCAAGUUUGGUCAAACUCGAUGAAAAUAUUGCUCAAGAUGAAUUGUUGGAAGAAAUUGAAAAAUUGAACAAGGAUCCAAAAGUCCAUGGAAUUUUGAUCCAAUUACCAUUACCAAAGCAUAUUGAUGAAACAUUGAUUACAAAUUCAGUUGUUACUGAUAAAGAUGUUGAUGGUUUUGAUCAUUACAAUGUUGGUCAAUUAUCCAAAAAGGGAGGUGUUCCAAUUUUUAAGCCAUGUACUCCAAAUGGUAUAAUUGAGUUAAUUAAAACCACUGGUAUUCAAUUAAGAGGAAAGAACGCUGUUGUUAUUGGAAGAUCUGAUAUUGUUGGUACACCAGUUGCAACUAUGUUAAGAAAUGAAGAUUGUACUGUUACUAUUUGUCAUAGAUACACAAAGAAUUUGCCUGAAAUAGUUGGUCAAGCAGAUAUUGUUGUUGCUGCUGUUGGUAUUCCAGAAUACGUUAAAGGUGACUGGGUAAAGGAAGGUGCAGUUGUCAUAGAUGUCGGUAUCAACUAUAAAGCAGAUCCAAACUCACCAAAUGGUAAGAAAUUAGUCGGGGAUGUAGAUUAUGAUGAAGUUGUAAAGAAAGCCGGAUUCAUUACUCCAGUUCCAGGUGGUGUUGGACCAAUGACUGUUGCCAUGUUAUGUUCCAAUGUUUACGACGCUGCUUUAAUCCAUGCCCAAAAGGCUCACGAACAUGCAUUCAAACCAUUACCAUUAAAUCUUGAAACCCCAGUUCCUUCUGAUAUUGCAAUUUCACGUGCACAAAAACCUAAAAAGAUCACAAGAGUUGCUCAAGAAUUGGGUAUUCUUGAUCGUGAAUUAGAACAAUACGGUCAUUUCAAAGCCAAAGUUGACCCAAAGAGUGUUAUUGAAAGAUUAGAUGAACAAGUUGAAGGAUCAAUCAAUGAAAAGGGUCACUAUGUUCUUGUUGCUGGUAUCACUCCAACUCCUUUAGGUGAAGGUAAAUCUACAACUACCAUGGGUUUAACCCAAGCUCUUGGUGCUCAUCUUGGUUAUAAUUCUAUUGCUAAUGUUAGACAACCAUCAAUGGGUCCAACUUUUGGUGUUAAAGGUGGUGCAGCCGGUGGUGGUUAUUCACAAGUUAUUCCUAUGGAUGAAUUCAACAUGCAUUUAACCGGUGAUAUUCAUGCUAUUUCAGCAGCUCAAAACCUUUUAUGUGCUGCUGUUGACACAAGAAUGUUCCAUGAAUCAGUUUCAAAGACAAUUUCUGGAUUCUAUAAGAGACUUGUUCCAGCAAAGAAGGGGGUCAGAUCUUUUACUCCGUCAAUGUUGAAGAGAUUAGAAAAGUUGGGAAUUAAUAAAACCAACCCAGAUGAUUUAACUCCUGAAGAAAUUGAAAAAUUUGCUCAUUUAAACAUUAAUCCAGAUUCUAUCACCAUCAAGAGAGUUGUUGAUUGUAAUGAUCGUUUUGUUCGUGAAAUCACUAUUGGUCAAGGUAAGAAUGAAGCUUCCAAAUACCCGCCUAGAAAAUCAGGAAUGGACAUUACUGUGGCAUCAGAAUUGAUGGCCAUCCUCGCUCUUUCCACGUCAUUGCAAGAUUUACGCCAAAGAGUUGGUAGAAUUGUUGUUGGUACCCAAAAAGAUACAGGUUUAGCUAUCACUGCAGAAGAUAUUGGAUGUGCUGGUGCAAUCACUGCCUUAUUGAAGGAUGCUAUUAAGCCAAACUUGAUGCAAACUCUUGAAGGUACUCCUGUUUUCGUUCACGCUGGUCCUUUUGCUAAUAUUUCAAUUGGUGCUUCUUCUGUUAUCGCUGAUCAAUUAGCUCUCAAGUUAACUUCUCCAUCUAACCCAAUUAACAAUGGUAAGAAAGGUUUUGUUGUUACUGAAGCUGGAUUUGAUUUCACCAUGGGUGGUGAAAGAUUCUUCAAUAUCAAAUGCAGAACCUCUGGUUUUAAACCUGAUACUGUUGUUCUUGUUGCCACUUCUAGAGCAUUGAAGUUGCACGGUGGAGCUCCUGAUGUCAAACCAGGUACUGCUUUGCCUAAGGAAUACUUGACUGAAAACCUCGAAUAUCUUGAACAUGGUUGUGCCAACUUAGCCAAGCAAAUUUCCAAUAUCAAACAAUAUAAUGUUCCCGUCGUUGUUGCUAUUAACAAAUUUGAAACUGAUACUGCUGCCGAAAUCAAUCUCAUUCAAAAGCUUGCUCUUGAUGCUGGUGCAGAUUUUGCAGUUGCUUCAGAUCAUUGGGCUCAAGGUGGUGCUGGUGCUCUUGACCUUGCCAAAUCUGUUGUUGAAUCUGUUAAGUUAUCUAACCAACUUGAAGAACAAAAAUACCUUUACGAUGUGAAUGACUCCGUUGAAAACAAGUUACAUGCAAUCACCACUAAGAUGUAUGGUGCUAGUGGUAUCGAAUUAUCACCACUUGCCAAGCAACAAAUAGAAACCUACACCCUGCAAGGAUAUGACAAAUUACCAAUUUGUAUUGCCAAGACGCAAUAUUCAUUGUCUCAUGAUCCUGCUCUUAAGGGUGUUCCACAAGGAUUCGUGGUUCCAAUCAGAGAAGUCCGUUGUUCUGCUGGUGCUGGAUACUUGUAUGCAUUAGCUGCAGAAAUUAUGACCAUCCCAGGGUUACCUACCCACGCCGGAUUCAUGAAUGUAGAAGUUAACGAUGAAGGUGAAAUUGAAGGAUUAUUUUAA